UUUUGCUGUCAAAGGUAACUAAUUUUGUCUUGUUUCCUUGACAGAAUCGGACCUCAAUUCCUUUUGGAAAGAAGGACAAGAUCCCUUGAUCCAGGAUCCCAAAGAACUGGAGACAUCAGCAGCAGAUUAUCAGCAGAAGAAUGAGAAUUAUGGAGAACCAGAGAUGCUAAUAGCCAAGCAUGAAAGACAAAAAGAGAUGUUUGGAAAUCAUGAUGGACCAAAAAAGUCUGAAAAAAACCAGUCAAAGAAAGGGUGUAAGAAAUCCUCUACGUCUUACACUUUGCAUCAAAGAACCCACACAGGGGAGAAACCAUUUAAAUGUACGGAAUGUGGAAAGAGUUUCAGUGAGAGCAAUGGCCUUACUUUACAUCAGAGAACACACAGAGGGGAGAAACCAUAUGAAUGCAUCGAGUGUGGAAAGAGCUUCAGUCAGAAAUACCACCUUACUGUGCACUACAGAACCCACACAGGGGAGAAACCAUUCAAGUGCAUGGAAUGUGGAAAGAGCUUCACUGACAGUGGUAGCCUUUCUGUACAUCAACGGACACACACAGGGGAGAAACCAUUUAAGUGCAUAGAGUGUGGAAAGAGCUUCAGUCAGAAAUGUCACCUUACUGUACAUCGCAGAACCCACACAGGGGAGAAACCAUUUAAAUGCAUGGACUGUGGAAAGAGCUACAAUAAUAGUGGUAGCCUCUCUGUACAUCAGAGAACCCACACAGGGGAGAUACCAUUUAUAUGCAUGUUGUGUGGAAAGAGCUUCACUGAGAAUAGUAGCCUUAAAGUACAUCAACAUACACACACGGGAGAAACCAUUUAAAUGCAUGGAAUGU